CACGGGCACGAGAAAGGGAAGGCGGUGUGCUGGGCGCGCCAGAGAGUCUGUCAGUUCUGCUUCAGCCUGUACGCGGUCGGUUCCCGCGGCGUGUGCGUGGUUGUUUCCCGGACUCUGAGUCAGCAGUGGUUGGAGCUGCACAGAUUGUGCCAUGGACUCUCAGGUCAGCAAUGGCUCAGGCCUGGAAGCUGAGCACAUCACAAACCUGCUGGUGUUUGGCUUUCUCCAAAACUCCAAGUAUAAUUUCAAUCAAGAACUGGAGGCACUAAGUCAGGAACUGCCCGUGCAAGUUUACCUGGAUGCAGACUUUGAGGAUGAGCUGCAGACUGAUGGUAGCCGAGUCAGCCGCUCCUUCUACCAUGGAAGAAUACAGCCAGACUCUGAAAGUCAGGAGUCAGCCAUCCAGAACAUUGCCCGACGUCUUGCCCAGGUCGGCGAUGAGAUGGACCACAGAAUCCAGCCCACACUGGUGAGGCAGCUGGCAGAGCAGUUCAUGAACGCCGGCCUGUCAGAGGAGGACAGACGGAACUGCCUGGCCAGAGCCCUGGAUGAGAUGAAGACGGCUUUCCCUAGAGACAUGGAGAAUGAAAAGGCCAUGCUGAUAAUGACCUUGCUAUUGGCCAGAAAUGUGGCCAAUCAUGCACCAUCCUUACUCCAUGAUGUCUUCCGCACGACAGUGACCUUUAUUAACCAGAAUUUAUUCACCUAUGUGAGGAACUUGCUUAGAAAUGAGAUGGACUGAGGGUUGCCUGCCUGCAGAAGCGUGGCUGGCUGACACCCAUGGUGGCGAACCAGUGAAGCUGACUCCAGAGGAAACUUGGCCGUGGAAACACACGCUGGAGUGAAGACAGGUCCCAGAUAAUAGCUGCUUCCCUAUUCUCAGGACAGUAUUUGGGCUGGUGACUCAGUUUCUCCAUUGAGCUAGUCUAAUGAAGAUGCCAGCAUGCGUAUCUGAAGGGCUUGUGCCAGCUCCUGCAUCCACUCCAUGUUUCAGCUGUAUGGGUUCCCACUUGAAAAUUAAACUUAAAAGCAGGUUGUAAGGCAGAAAGACUUACUUAUACUGUGAAGUUACUGUUCAUGAGAGGCCAGCCUGGGUCGCUGGCUUCGCCCUGCAGAUGGGCUUCUGUUUCAGGACAGUGCUAGCAGGGGUGCCCUGGCCCCGGAGUGAGAACUCCACCCAGUGCACAGACGGCCACAGCCUUCCUUUGUAAAAGCUGAAUGGCAAUGAGAUUUGAGUCUAUGACUCUGUUCUCAAACUACCCCUCCCCGUCCCACCCAUAUGCAAGGGUUUAGCUGUUUCAAGGUACUGUUUUUCUAAAGAUUUCAAUCCCAGUGGGAACAAACUGAGUUGUGCAUACAAACUCAGUCACUACAAUCAGGUUUGCUAGGAAACACAUUUACACAAGAAAAUGAAAUACCAGAGUCAACCGGAAAUAACAGGAGAGAUCUAAAACAGCAGCCAGUAAUCCAAACAGUAGCCUAUCACCUCCCACUGUGCAGUGGCCACCAUCUUAGUCAAGUUCGCAGAGGUAAUUUCCAGUCACAUCUGAUAGACAUUCUUGGUUGUAAAGCAAAAUUGCCAUUCAUACUCAGCGGGCCAACGUUUUGGAAAGAUUCCAUGUGUCAAAGCCAAAUGUUCCCUCUUUUGUAUUUCAGAGAUAAGGUCUUACUGUGUAUCCUCAAACACGGGUGAUUCUCCUGCUAACUUGCCUAAUGCUGGAAUUGCAGGCAUGAGCCACCACUACCUGUUAAGUGUUCCAAUCUUCAAUUCAUUGCAGCCAUGACGGCCUGGUGUAUCAUGGAAAUUGGUGGAAUUUUUCUUUAGUAACAUGAUCCUUGUGUGGGUAUAAUUGAGAGAUGUUAAUUCAGAGAGUAUUUUCCAUUCUGUUCUAAAAGUAUGUGAAUUGAUAUGAGUGAUAGAAAUUUGUUUCUUCAAAAUAAAAGGCUUUCUUCUCUAAAGGAUGAUGCUUAGCAACAUCUCCUAGGUGAUCUAGUGUAUCAGAGGUCACAGCAUUCCCAAUGACCUUCAGGACCCAGCAUAAACACAGGUGUUUGGGGUCACAGUGACUUCACUGGCUGUGCCUACUGGAAACU